AUGUCCUCGGCGAUAGACGUCGCGUCGCCGGACGAAAUCGUGCGAAUUUUCCGCGCGUGCGACGCGCAGCUUUUCGCCGGCUAUGCGGGUUACCCCGGCCUGAUGGACGAAGAGACCAUUCGAGUGGUCGACCAGCUCACAGCAGUGGCGGCUGAAGUCGUUUCCUUCUCCAAGGAUAGUGCAGUGGUGGUGUCAUGUGCCGGCACCAGUGGCAGAAUAGCCUUUCAGGUGGUUCUCUGUUUCAACGCGGUGCUCAGGAGAUACGGCCUGCCGCCCUGCUUCCACUUCCUCAUCGCAGGGGGGCUACCGGCCCUACUCAAGGCACAGGAGGGAGCAGAGGACAACCAAGAAGCAGCAGAGGCAGCGUUGAGGCGAGUGGAGGCGAGAGGCAACCCGUGGGGGAAGCCGUGUGGGCGAGUGCUCUAUAUCGACAUCAGCUGUGGCCUCAGCGCUCCCUACGUGGCAGCACAAGUCAAGUAUGCCCUCUCACAGUCGCACUAUACCGUUGCUGUCAUGGGUUUCAAUCCGCCCUCUCUCGCGCCAAACACCAAGGGUGCUCCAGGCGCCACCUUUCCGUCCGUGCUUUCAGAAAUGAAGGCUCGCAUUGAUGCUGCUGAAGCAGAGGGGGAAGUGCCAAGGCACUUUAUCCUCUCUCCUGCUGUCGGCCCGGAGACCAUAACAGGGUCCACUCGGCUCAAGGGCGGCACUGCCACCAAGGUCCUUCUGGAAAGCAUCUUCAGCCGAGCUAUCACCAGAGUGCUGCGCCUGCCUGCUUUAGGAAGCUAUGCGGGAGUGCCCCUCCUACUCAUCAACCCUACCCCCGAGCUCACUCCCGAUGACAAAACAUCGGUUCGGCGGGCGGCACGGGUAGGCUGGGGCCGAACCGAGGCUGCACUAGCGGCUCGGUACGGCGAUGUCAUGGCAGCCUACGAGGGGGCGAUGAGGGGAGUUUACCAGCAAUUACCCGGAAUUGUGGCCCUCACAAGUCUCUUCCAUCGCUCCAUCAGCACGGGCAGUCGGGUCAUGUACAUUGGGGAUGAUUCGCUUGGCCUGGUGGGACUUAUCGGUGGGUGA